AUGUCAUUUUCUCAACUUGGAGGGAUCGUUAGUUCCAACAUCUAUAUCGCAGGACAAGCUCCUACAUAUCCAGGUGGAUUCGGGACGUCUCUUGGUAUGCUUGUUGUUUGUGGCAUCAUCUGGCCUUUGGUUUACAGGUUCAAUCUCAAGGGAAUUUACAGGAAACGGGCUGCCAUUCCGCUAGAGGAGAUUCAGGCAAAGUAUACUGAGCAACAACUAUCAGAGUUGGGUGACUGCAGUCCGCUAUUUAGGUAUUCCACUUAA